CUCGAUUGCUAGUUUACUAGUCAACAAUGGUAGAUGAGGACAAAAAAUCGGGCACAAGAGUGUUCAAAAAGACGAGCCCAAAUGGAAAAAUAACCACAUAUCUUGGCAAAAGAGAUUUUAUCGACCGCGGUGACUAUGUCGACUUGAUAGAUGGAAUGGUUUUGAUCGACGAGGAGUACAUCAAAGACAACAGAAAAGUGACAGCCCAUCUGCUAGCAGCUUUCCGAUAUGGCCGAGAAGACCUCGACGUGUUAGGGCUCACAUUUCGAAAGGAUUUGAUAUCAGAGACAUUCCAAGUGUAUCCACAGACUGAUAAAUCAAUUUCUCGACCGUUGUCUAGACUGCAAGAACGGCUGAAGCGAAAACUUGGUGCAAACGCGUUUCCAUUUUGGUUUGAGGUUGCGCCAAAAAGUGCAAGUAGUGUUACUCUACAGCCAGCCCCCGGAGACACCGGCAAGCCAUGUGGAGUGGACUACGAGCUGAAAACAUUUGUGGCAGUAACUGACGGAAGUAGUGGAGAGAAGCCGAAAAAGAGCGCACUUAGCAACACUGUCCGUCUUGCCAUCAGAAAACUGACCUACGCACCAUUUGAAUCCCGUCCCCAGCCAAUGGUCGAUGUAUCCAAGUACUUUAUGAUGUCCUCAGGACUUCUCCAUAUGGAGGUCUCCCUGGAUAAAGAGAUGUACUACCACGGCGAGUCGAUUUCAGUUAAUGUGCACAUCCAGAACAACAGCAACAAGACGGUCAAGAAGCUGAAGAUUUACAUCAUUCAAGUUGCUGAUAUUUGUCUCUUCACAACUGCUUCGUAUUCCUGCGAGGUUGCCAGGAUUGAGAGCAACGAAGGAUUUCCAGUCGGACCAGGCGGCACUCUUUCAAAGGUCUUCGCAGUGUGUCCUCUAUUGAGCAACAACAAGGACAAGCGAGGGCUCGCAUUGGAUGGACAACUCAAGCAUGAGGACACUAAUUUAGCUUCAAGCACAAUAUUGGACUCUAAAACAUCAAAGGAAAGUCUUGGAAUUGUAGUUCAAUACAGAGUGAAAGUUCGCGCAGUUCUUGGACCACUAAACGGAGAACUGUUCGCCGAGCUGCCGUUCACAUUAACACACUCGAAGCCUCCAGAGAGCCCCGAGAGAACGGAUCGUGGCCUUCCAUCAAUCGAAGCAACAAAUGGCUCCGAACCAGUCGAUAUUGAUCUCAUCCAACUACACGAAGAAUUAGAGCCCCGCUACGACGACGAUCUAAUCUUUGAGGAUUUUGCCAGAAUGCGUCUCCACGGAAACGAUAGUGAAGACCAGCCAUCGCCAAGCGCCAACUUGCCGCCAAGCCUUCUAUGAAUCUGUACAAUUUAUCACAUGAUAUUGUGUCACUCUGUCAUUCAACUUUUCUACGUCUUUUCCACCUUUUCCCCAUUUUUCAUUGUUUCUUUGUAAGUACAUCUUUUUGUCUAUGCUUCAAGUCAAUUUUUCUGUCAAAUUGUCACCUUUUUCGUUUUCUUUCAUUUCAUUUUUUCUCAUAUAAAUCUAUUUUGCC